GAUUGCGAACGCUUGCUCGAUGACUCCGUCGUCGGCCACGUGACCGUCCAACGUAUAAACAACACACGCAUCACGCACAUACGUACACGGGUGCGUGUGCGGAAUACGGAUGUGGAGCAUAUGUUAACGCAAGUCUUACGCCUGUCGCCUGAUCGCUGAAAAAGUUGGAUUCUUCCUCGAUUCACAACAAGAUACGGUGGGCAUCGUGAUCACCCGAACAAGGAUUCUUUCCCCCCGUCUUUUUCAAGGGGACAGGUGUCCGUUAAGCAAAAGAGAAUGGCGACGUCCGAAAGUGACGCCGACUUUGAAAGCGCCGACGAGGAAUUGGGUCGCGGGGUCGUCGUUAAGAAAAACAUCCGGACGGCGGCACCCUACCGUACGACGAUUGACUCCGAGUCGGACGAUGAUACUGAAUAUGUUCCACGCGCGCCUUGUGGUAUCGCCAACUGGCAGAGCAGAUCUGAGACUUUCCGGAUGACGCCAGAUGUGUCGACGGGGCUAAAGACCUUGGUCGAUAAUGAGGAUGAUAAGAUAGAUAAUAGUGUCAAAGUUGAAAGUGAUGUACGUACCGCCAAGUCAAUUGGUUGUAUAGAGAAGGCCGUUGGCGAACGAGAGACUACAUCCUCCUUUGAAUCGAGAAAACUCUCAUCGACCUCCGUGAAAUCAGUAAAGGAUAAAGAAUCUGUGGUAAAGAGUAAUAAGAUCUUGAAAUCAGAUGUCAUGUCUGAAGUAGAAGCUACAAAAACCAAGUUGGAUGACAAGGAGAUCUCCCAAACAGAACAACAACAAGGUACCAUUGGUCAAUUAAAUGCAAAAGAAUUAGGAACUAGACUUACAAAUGAUAAGGUCGAUGAACCUUGCGUCAAUGUAACUACGGAACAGGAAGAUCCAGCCGAGUGUUCAAAUGAGAAAUCCUUACCGUUUGCGAGCAAAAGUGCCGAAUGUAAAUCAGAAGAAAAAUCGAAAACUCAAAUAACAGGUAAUCAAUCUAAACCAUCAACUGAUUUGUCGGAAAUGGACAUGCCGGAAGAAUUAAAGUCAAAUAAAAAAUUUAAAGAAGUUUUUCAGCCUGAAGGUUGGGAAGGACUCGGAGAUGACAUUGAGUUGCCUGAUGACUUGACAGACGAGAAAUUACAACCUAUGUUACAGAGGCUCUCCUUGGCAAACAAAGAAGAAAGCAAAGACGAAGGUUCUUUAGGUAGCUGGGGCAGUUGGGGAAAUUGGGGUGUAACUUCGCUAAUCAAUACAGCUACCGCAAGUGUAUCUACUCUAACUAGUCAUGUAUCUCAAGGAUUUACACUUUUGGAAGAUACAAUAGUACAGGAUCCUACAGAAUCAGAAAGCAUAAAACAGUAUGCAGUUCCUGAAACUGAUGGGGCACAGCCAGAGAUCCAGGAACAAGAAAGUCGACCGUUCAGUUCGUUCGGAUUUGGGAAUUUGAUAUCAGGAGUGUCCUCAAUUACAAAAUUGGUUGAAUCCACCAGUAGCAAAGUUAUGACGGGUGGUUUAGAUACAUUGGAGGCUAUCGGAAAGAAAACAAUGGAGGUAUUGCAAGAAGGUGAUCCUGGAUUAAAGAAAAAAAGGGCCUUUUUCAUGAACGAGUCGGAGAAACCGAAUUUAUCUCAAAUUCUCCGAGAAGCGAAAGAAAAAGCCGAGACCGAGGAGAAAACGAUCGAGGAACGCGAAUUAGCGAGGAAGGUGCAUUUCGAGAGUCUGUUUGACGAUUAUCAAGGACUCGUUCACUUAGAAGCUCUAGAAAUGUUAUCAAAACAGAGUAAUAUGAAAAUUCAACAAUACUUAAUCGAGCUGGGUACAAAUGACUUGGCAUCUGUGCAAGAAACAUUAGAAGAAAUCAAAGAACUUUGUGAUCUAGGUGAUGAAGAUGACAAUGAAGAGAAAGAUAAAGAUAAUAAAGAUUUGAAUAAUAGAUUAAAGAGCGCUUGUAACGAUCUUGGUGUUGAUAUUACUUAUGAAAAAUUAUACGAUGUUUGGACAGAAACGGAAAAUUAUCUUGCAUUAUCCACGACGCGUACAGAUCAGGAAAUCUUUCAGAAUGCUAUAUCGACAUUGGCACAGUUUACAGCAUUCUCCGUAGAGAGAUUUCAUAAAACGGCAGAAUUAUUGUUAAUUAAAGAACGUCGCAGUACAGUGAAUGAAGCAGAUGCCUUGGUACAACUUACCAAUGUUCUAUCUAAUCAGAUUAGCUUAUUGGCCAAUUCAUUUUGUGAUACAUUACAUCAGUUUGCCAAAACUACAAAAAAACCAGAUAACAUCAACGCGAAUAUUACAACGAUUUUCUUAGAAGCUGCAAAUGCAAAUUCAUAUAUUCAAGAUGCCUUUGAACUUCUUAUUCCUGUUCUACAAGUUGGUGCAAUCUAA